GCCAUGGCAGGCAGAGAAUGUGCAGGAAAUUCCAGCCCUGGUCUGUGCUCGGUCCUAAGGCUCCUCCUCCCUUUGGACUGCUCCCGAUCCUGGAUGGUUGUGGGUGUUGCUGGCCUGGUCCUGUUCCUUGUGGCCCUGCUGGCUCGUGUGCUGGUGAAUAGGAAGCCACCGCGGGACCCUCUCUUCUAUGUGUAUGCCGUGCUCAGCUUCACCAGCGUGGGGAGCCUCAUUGUGGGCCUGGAGCAGGAUGGGGUGGUGGACGGCUUCAUGACCCACUUCCUGAGAGAGGGGGAGCCGAACCUGAACACAGCCCAUGGGCACAUGAUCUGCUAUUGGGACGGCUCCGUUCACUACCUCAUGUACCUGGUCAUGGUGGCCGCCAUUGCCUGGGAGGAGAGCUACAGAACCAUUGGUCUCUACUGGGUCGGGUCUAUUUUAAUGAGCAGUAUUGUCUUUGUGCUAGGAAACAUUGUAGGAAAGUACGGGGCCCGCUUCAACCCAGCUGUUUUCCUGAGUGCGCCAUAUGUCUGCCUUCCAGUCUGGGCUGCCUUCCGAAUCUGCCGCCAGCCCCCCGAAGACUGCUGUUAUCCCCCCAAGGUGGUGCAGGAGGUGCAGGCUCAGGCGCUGGUGCGCAGGCCCUUGGAUCUGCUGCUGGUGCUCGGUCUCCUGUUGGUGGUCGCCUUCAGCUUGUUCCGAGGUGUGAUUGCACUGGACUGCCCAGCUGAGCUCUGCCGACUCUACAUACAGUUUCAGGAGCCUUACCUGAAGGACCCCUCUGCCUAUCCUAAAAUCCAGAUGUUGGUCUAUCUCUUCUACUCUGUCCCUUACUAUGUGCUCGCCCUUUAUGGCCUGGUGGUUCCCGGGUGCUCCUGGAUGCCUGACGUGACGCUGGUCCAUGCAGGAGGGCUAGCCCAGGCUCAGUUUUCUCACAUUGGUGCUUCUCUUCAUGCAAGAACUGCUUAUGUCUACAGAGUCCCUGAGGAUGCAAAAAUCCUUUUCCUGGUGUUAAACGUAGCCUAUGGAGUUCUUCCUCAGCUCCUGGCUUACCGCUGUAUCUACAAGCCCGAGUUCUUCAUAAAAACAAAGGCGGAUGAAAAAGCAGAAUGA